AUCCCUAUAUUUCUUCCAACCCCACAAAAUUUUAUUUCUUGUGCUGACGUUUUUUGGGGUGCCUUGCAGUUUAUCAUUAUCUUAUUUCGUAUUUCGCCUUUUGCUGUCAAAAGUUACCAGAUAAACUGAACAAGGCUGGAUGAUAUUGGUCAAGAGGCAUAUUCUCCAAGAAGCCGAUUACAUUUUUACGACCAACAUUAUUUUGGACAUACUGACAUGAAAAGUUGCAAAGCCAGAAAAAGAUGAAAUCUGAAAUCGACCAGAGUCCCUACUAAUUCAGCUUUACAAUCCUACCGAUGACAAGAAGCUGGAAUGACAAAGGAUGUGGGUGUUAUCUUGGCAUGCUAACCUAGCCCAAGAAGCACAUACAAGUGUCAAUAUUGCCCCUUAUUUGGUUACUCAUAUUCAAAGCUUGCCUGGUUGGGUUCAUAUCAUAAUUUGAGCAAUGGCUGCAAGAAUUCUUGCUAAUUUAAUAGUAAUGGGUUCUUCUAUAUUGGCAAGGGCUUUUGUUCAAGCAUAUCGUCAGGCAUUGGCCAAUGCCUCGAAAAAUGGUGUUGCUCAAGAGGCAGUGCAGAAUAUUAAAAGAGCUAGUAAAACCAUGACAGAAGCAGAGGCAAGGCAGAUUCUUGGUGUCACUGAGAAUUCAUCAUGGGAAGAAAUUGUGCAGAAGUAUGACAACUUGUUUGAGCGAAAUGCUAAAAAUGGGAGUUUUUACCUUCAGUCAAAAGUACAUAGAGCUAAAGAGUGUCUGGAAGCAGUUUACCAACCUAAAGAACCAGAACAAAAUAAGAAAACUUUUUCUGAUGAUUAGUGUAUAUCUUUGCUGCUAAUGAUUUACCUAGUUAGUUCCAAGGGUCUUUGUCAAAUAUUUAUUUUGGGUGAUAGUAGCUUGAGGUUCCUGUUCAAGAUCCUUAAUGAAAUUAAAUGUGGUGACUGUUGUGUUAGAGACAUCACAAAAUUGUAGAAUACAUAUGUGAUAAUAAAGGGAUCAUAAUUCGGCUAA